GCAACUGUUGCCACUGCAAAACACUCAGUGAAUGCACAGGCAUGUCACAGCUUAAUCGCUAACUAGCACCAGUAUUAAUUUUCUAUAUUUACCCUUGGAGUCAUGCUAUGAUUUACUGCUAAUAGAACUGUAAUCACACUUCAGAGAGUUUAUUUCAUAAAGAUUGGACUUUUGUGGUGGGCGACCAGGAGAACCUAAACUACAUAAUGAGACUACCGGCUAUAGCUCCCACACCAGUGUGUUUUCCUUGGGACGCAGCUCCAACUCCUGUCCGGCCGAGUCGCUGCCUGGUGGUCACUCCCAUGACAUUUCCCAUCAUCUCAGACUCUGACCUGAUGUGGAGGUGCAAUCAGAGUAUUCCAAGACUGAAUCCUUUACAUCCACCUUGGGUCCAUAAACCCACCGUCAGUCUGGAGACACCAGCUGUUCACCACCACAACCACCAGAGGACACUCAUCCUGCAGAGAAGAGAACAUUACAAGUGUCAUCAGGUGUGGCGAAAACCCUUUUACGGAACCAGCAGUGAGAGAGAGGAGUACAGGAAGGAGUUACGAGAUCAGUUAAAGAGGCAGAUGGAGGAGAAAUGUGCAACCCUGAAGCUGCAGCUGGCCGGGAAAGCGAAGGAAGCAGAGUACGUCUGUGAGGUGGACCGCCUUGCCCUGUCCGGUGAUAGAGAGCAAACGAUCCAACACCGCAAAGCAAUGACGGCCUACAGGGAUGAGAACAAGAGGCUAAUGGAGCAGAGCUGGAGGGACAGAGCCCUAACACGCUCCCAGGAGGCCCUGAAGGAGAGAGAGCUGCUGUGCCUCAACCCCAUUAACUGGAGUGGAACACUAAAAUAGGGUGCACCUCAACAGCCAGAGUGAGGACUCAUGCCUUACCGUAGCACUUUGGCAUGUGUGAGUGUCAGAUGGAAAUGGGAUGCAAAAUGUGUUACAUGUGAUUAGCGCUGUGAUAACCAGGAAUAUCUCUCCAGUGGACCUUCCGAGCUGGGGAUGAACCAAAAGCUCUGCAGCAUUCUUCUGAAUAUGUGAGAAUGUUGCUAUAUUUCCAGUCUUACUUUAUAAAGCUUCUGCGGUGGGUUCCUAUACAGUCAGUUCAAAAUUUUAAGUCCACCCAAAUAUGAAAAUUUAGUCAGUAUCUUCUCACUCCCAUGCCAAGGGGAAAUUUCUUAGUCCACAAAACAUUUCUGGAGCUUUCCAACAAAACAGCAUUGGAGCGUUGAGUACAUGGGAACGUAAAAAAAAAAUUCAAAAUGGCUCCGUCUAGCUUGUCCUCCAGAUUCCAAGUCUCCAAAAGUCCUGCGAUCCCUAAUUGAUUGGAAAACUGAUUCGAAAACGCUGUUUUGCUGUGAAGCUCCAGAAAUGUUUUGUGGACUGUGAAUCUUCACCUGAUUUUCCAUCAGCAUGAGGGUAAGCAAAUCAUGACUGAAUAUUUAUUUCUGUGCAAACUUGGAAGUCCUCCAUUGCACUCAUGCAGCAAUGCAGAGGUACCAGAUAUGUCAGAUAUCAGAUAUCACAUCCUUUCUUCCUCAUUAAAAUUGGCUAAUGUAGUCUAGAGCUGCUAACCUAAAAUAGAGAUGCAGUGUUGGAUACAGAGAUCUGUUAAUCAAAUUAUUAUUAUUUUUUUUUUACAUCAAACUUCUCCCUUUAAAAAAAGAUUUCCCCUAUGAUUGACUUCCUGCAUUACCUUUAACUUAUUGUGCAACAGAAAGUACAAAAGCAUUUUCCACAAGCUAUAAUCUUUUUCCUCAUUAUGUUUUAUGAGAGAUUUUUGACAAAACAAAAUUAAAAAUUUGAACAAAAAACAUGA